AUGGCACUAUCCCCUGGCCUGCGCGGAACACUUUCCCUUCACCUCACCACUUUCGCUCCCUCCGUUGUUUCGGAGGAACCUUCCUCCUUCACUGAGGCCACUAAAUUUCCCGAGUGGCGCGCUGCUAUGGCCGUCGAGUUUGAUGCCCUGCUUCUCAAGCGCACCUGGGAUCUCAUCUCGUAUGACUCCAACCUCAACACUCUUGGCUACAAAUGGGUCCUAAAGACUAAAUGUCUUGCCGAUGGAACUCUUGAAAGGCGAAAAGCUCACUUAGUUGCUAAAGGAUUCCAUCAGCAAGCGGGGGUCAACUUCACAGAGGCCUAUAGUCAUGUAGUCAAACCAGUGACCAUUCGAACCAUCCUAUCCAUUUCUGUUACCUUGUCUUCGCCCCUACACCAGUUGGAUAUUCAGAAUGCAUUCCUGCACGGUGACUUGGAGGAAGCUGUCUACAUGCAAUAG